AUGGAAAAGUCUACGGAUGUAUUUGCAUGGACUCGUAAAUUGGAAUGUCCACCAACAAUAUGUAAUGAUCCCGUAAAGAAAAUAUUACAUUCAGGACUUGUUGGACUAUUAUGGGAUGAUUUAACUGAAGUUAUGUUUACUGCUGAAGAAGCAAAAACUACACGAAAAAAUAUUUUAUUGCACCAUUUAAAACAAGGAACAUCUAACAAAGUUAUACAGUGCAUGGAACAUUUAUUGGAAUUAAAGUUCAAUAGAAAUGAAUUAAAGAAACAAAUAUCUAAGUUAGAAGAAGAAUAUGAACAACAGGAUUUUGUAGUUAGACAAAAAGUGCAAAAGCUACGGGAUAUCUCAUCUAAACGUUCUGAUAUAAAAGCAAGGAGAGAUUUACUGAAGAUGAAACAUGAUCAAACUAAUACACAACUUCGUGAUCUUAAUAGUAUGAGAUUGGUUUGUCAAUAUUUAAUGCCAAGUACUUGUAAAGAUUUAGAUACUAAGAUAUUGAUGGAAAUGUCAGGUGUAGUAACAAGUCUAUGGACUGGAGCAAAUAAAAGACAAGUAUGGGAUAUGGUAUCAAGUAAUCUUGUUCACAUUGAAGUUCCUACAUUAUGGCAUCACAUGUACCAAAAUUUAACAGAAGAUGUAGAUGCAUUAAUUAAAUCAGAAACUAUGAAAUCCAUAGACAAAGAUGAAAGAAGCAUAAAUGUAGGUUUUGCAAAAAUAUAUGGGCAGCAUAUUUGUGUGGUUGCUAAACGGUUAUUGUCUAAUGCAAAAGCAAAUAAUCAUCAACAAAAUGUGUUAGAAUUUAUAGAAAAAAUUGAGGUAGCUUCAAAUAAUUCUACAGAUGUGAGUGAGUGGUUAGCAUUAGCAUUGGAAGUCUGUAAAUUAGAAACUGAACAAAAAAUUUUACAAGUGGAACUUGAAAAAAUUCAAGAAAAUUUGCGUGAAAGUAAUGCAUUUGUAUUUGAUUUAGCAGAAUUAUCUUCAGAAAUUCAAAAUGUUGAUACUGAAAUUGUCGAAUGUGUCCAAGAUAUACAACAAUCUUUAAAUCUUUUAAAAUCUGCACCUAUGUUUCUUAUGCAGAUAAAAGAAAAAAUAAAUUUAGAGCUGCAAAAAAUAGCAGCCAUGCGUGCCGUUGGUCAUGACUGUACGAUAUUGAAUAACGAUUUAGCUGACGAAUUAGAUGUAUUUUAUGAUGUUUUAGAUAUCAAUGCUUUAAGAAAAGUCAUGCUAAAAGGAGAUGUUGGAAUUUAUAGGCAUAAAAAAAGUUGCAUUAGUGAAGCUUCUGUUCCAAUUACUAAUUUCCAAAUUUCUAAUAUUACAUCAUAUUUUCCACUGAUUCAAACACCAGUAUAUUCUUUACUAGAAUGCUACAAGAAUUUAGUAUCAAUGUUUGUUUAUAAAAAAUUCGAAUCUUUGGAAAGUGAAGAAAAUUUAAAUCCAUUUCAAUUACCUAUAGUAACCCAUAAAGAAAAUAACUAUAAUACAGUUGAACUUCUGAAUUUAUCGAAAGUUGUUAGUUCGAAAACGAAAACAGAAAUGGAUGAGUUUAAUGAAAUUUUAAAUGCUUGGAUAAAUCAAACAGUCCAAAAAGCAAUGGGUAUUAUCGAAAAAACUGUAGAAGAUGCAACUUUUUCAGAAUGGCGAGAACGCUAUGAUUUAUUGUUAUAUAUGUUGCAAAAUUCUACGUAA